UGCCCGGCAGAUUCCGGGCUCCCGGGGGCGCGACACCCCGGGAGGCUGGAGCUGGGGAGCGCACGCCUCCCCCCGCCUGCCCCGCGCGGGCCCGGGACUCCGCGGACUCCCGAGCACCUGUCCCGCUCAGCACGCACCGUCCAGGGCACGGACAGCAUGGACGGACCCUCACAGCCCCCCGAGAGCAGCUGGGAUGAGAGCGGCGGUGAGGCCGGGCCGGCGGCCAACCUCACCUUCUCCUCCUACUACCAGCACUCCUUCCCUGUGGCCGCCGUGCUCAUCUCGGCCUACGCGCUCAUCUUCCUGCUCUGCGUGGUGGGCAACACGCUGGUCUGCUGCGUCGUGCUUAGGAACCGGCACAUGCGCACGGUCACCAAUGUGUUCAUCCUCAACCUGGCGGUCAGCGACCUGCUGGUGGGCUUCUUCUGCAUGCCCACCACGCUCGUGGACAACCUCAUCACUGGGUGGCCCUUUGACAAUGCCACGUGCAAACUGAGUGGCCUGGUACAGGGCAUGUCCGUGUCGGCUUCUGUCUUCACACUGGUGGCCAUUGCUGUGGAAAGGUUCCGCUGCAUCGUGCACCCUUUCCGCGAGAAGCUGACCCUGCGCAAGGCGCUGGUCACCAUCGCGGUCAUCUGGGCGGUGGCGCUGCUCAUCAUGUGCCCGUCAGCCGUGACGCUGACCGUCACCCGCGAGGAGCACCACUUCAUGCUGGACGCGCGCAACCGCUCCUACCCGCUGUACGCGUGCUGGGAGGCGUGGCCCGAGCGGGGCAUGCGGCGCGUCUACACCACCGUGCUCUUCUCGCACAUCUACCUGGCGCCGCUGGCGCUGCUGGCGCUGCUGUACGCGCGCAUCGCCCGCAAGCUGCUGCAGGCGGCGGGGCCGGCGCGGGGCGCGGCGGACGCGCGCGCGGGCGAGGGCGGGCGCGGGGCGCGGCGGCGCGCGCGCGUCGUGCACAUGCUGGUCAUCGUGGCGCUCUUCUUCACGCUGUCCUGGCUGCCGCUCUGGGCGCUGCUGCUGCUCACCGACUACGGGCAGCUCAGCGAGCCGCAGCUGCACCUGGUCACCGUCUACGCCUUCCCGCUGGCGCAUUGGCUGGCCUUCUUCAACAGCAGCGCCAACCCUAUCAUCUACGGCUACUUCAACGAGAACUUCCGCCGCGGCUUCCAGGCCGCCUUCCGCGCGCGCCUCUGCCCGCGCCCGCGCGCCCGCCACAAGGACGCCUACUCGCAGCCGCCCGGGGGCCCGCCACGCCCCGGCCCGCGCGCCCCGGCCGCCGCGCCACCCAGCGACUCGGCCCCGCGCUCCGACUCGGGGCCCGGCGCGGGCGCCCCCCGGCCCGGCCUCCUCCCGCUGCGCCACGGCCGCGUGGCCCACCACGGCCUGGCCGCCGGGGACGCGCGAGGCAGCCCGCGCCUGCCCCUCACCGUACCCGCCUGGGAUACCUGAGCGGUCCCGGGGCAGGCCCUCGCCCCGCCCGGCAGGUCCCGGGGGCUGCACCCGUGAGACCCCCGGGGUGAGGGCAGCCGGGCCGCGGAGCCGCUGUCCGCGCGGUCUCCUCGCAGAGCCUCCAGCUUACGCUCAGUCCCUUCUGCGCGGUCAGCGCCACGCACACUCCCUGCGGGAUGCUCGGGAGGAGGCCCGGGAGGAGGCCCGGGAGGGGCCUUCCUCUUCCCUUCUACUGAGGCCGGGACGGAGGGGGCUGGUCGCUCCCGGGGUCUUAACUGGAGACUGUCAGGAUUUCACCAGCUCCCUCCCUCCCCUAAGGAAGUGCACAGCGAAGUGUGCAGAUCCGAAGAAGCUGAAAGCCAGACUGGCCUGUCCACCUGGCACUUUGCGUCCACGUGGAGGGGGGUCCUGAGCCCCUCCCCAGCCCCCCUUCCUAGGAAAACAGGGGUCCUGCCCCCUCUUCACAGGAUUCUCUUGUUUGUUCCAGGAGGGGUCCGGAGACAUUCUCUUCUCCCCAAAGGACCCCACCCCAACAGUGUGUGGGAUCUAACCUCUGCCCACGAGCCCUGGGAAUGGGGUCAGUAGCAGGCUCAGCUCAAGGGCUGGGCGCCUGAAGCCAGAGGCAGGAGAGGAAGAGAAGGGUUCAAGCCCAGGCAGGAACCUACAAACUAUCUGGAGCGGAGAGGCCACUGCCAAGACCCGGGGCAGGAGGCAGGGGAAGUGCUCUGCUCUCUGCCCUAGAGCCACACUUCCCUGCUCAUUGGAGGUGCAGGUGCAAAGCCUCCCCUCGGCCAUUCUUCCUGUUCCCUGUGGAGAACUGGGGCUCACAAAACCUUCCUGGCCACAGAAGUGCCCUAAGAAGGGUUGGGCCCUGCAGAAGGAACUGGCCCCCUGCCACCCCGCCUGCUUUCACCCAGCACCCCUGCAUUGCCUUGAAGGAAGGAGGCUUCCUCCAUGCACAUGGAAAGACAGCACUCCCUCCGUGUCCAGACCCUUUCCUGCUCUCUCCAGAGAAAACGGCAUUGCUGCCACUUUCAUAAACGGGGAACAACGAGUUUCCAGGAGUCGGCCAAGGCUGUGACUUUGGAGGCUGGAUUGGUACCCGGCACAGUGACUUAACCCUGUUCGAUCCAUGCAGAUGCUGGGUGCAGGGAAUUCCCAAGCGCUUGUCCAGACACUGUCUCCUUUGACUUCUCCCAGGGAAGUAGAAGUGGGAAAUGAAAUGCUCGACACUGUUGCCAUUUCAGUCUUGAGGCUUCCUAAGCAGUCAGGGUCACAGGCCACAGAGGGGCCCGAUGUGAAUGAAAAUGUCUCUUCUGAUGGUUUCCCAUGUUACGUGCUCCCGCCCCUUCGUGGAGGCUGAGGAGGGUAUAAGGGGGAAGGGAGCUGGAAAUUUCCAUCAAGGUUUUUGGGCUGCCGGUAAACCAGAAGGCUCUUGGCUCCAGAAUGUCCACCAUCAAGCUCUUGGUCUGCCUGAGAAAUGAGUCUAUUGUGUUUACUCUUGUAAUAUUCUGCAGACAUGGAGGAUGGUUGAGUACAACAUCCAUGAUCCAUGUCAAGUGCCAGGAUCCAUCACGGCCACCGCCGGGUCUGUGGGUGGGGCCGGGGGAGGGGCUCAGGAGAGGGCCUAUGUGCUCGUGUCUCCCUCCAUAUUCUAGUCCCAGGGUGGGUGCCAUACUGGAGCUCCAUCAGUGACACAGUCUCAGAGUGUUCCUGGCUUCCGGCUGCGAAGAAUUCUGAUUCCAGGUUCUAAAAAUAGUUCCGGGAACAGGUCCUUUCAGACGCCUGUAAGCUAUCUGAAGACGCCAUUUGGUCUUCUCUCUUAGCAAGUGUUUCCCUUGCAUGCUCCCCAACCCCCAAAUCACACCUUUAUAGCAGCCAUUCAUUCAAGCAAACCUUUCCACCAAAACGCCCAUACCUAGUUUCCUCUAAAACAAGACAGGCUUUGAAAGAUUGAGUCUGUAAAACAAACACGAAAUUGCUUUAGGUUGUAACUCAUCUAUCUUACCAUUGGUUUUCUUUCUUUCUUUCUUUCUUUCUUUCUUUCUUUCUUUCUUUCUUUCUUUCUUUCUUUCUUUCUUUCUUUCUUUCUUUCUUUCUUUCUUUCUCUUUCCUUCUUUCUUUCCUUCUUUCUUUCUUUCUUUCUUUCUUUCUUUCUUUCUUUCUUUCUUUCUUUCUUUCUUUCUUUUUUUUUGUUUGUUUUUGUUUUUGUUUUUGGACCACACCUGGCAAAUCUAAGGGUAACUCCUGACUUUACAGUCAGGAAUCAUUCCUGGCAGGCUCGAGGGACCAUAUGGGAUGCCAGAGAUGAAACCCAGGUUGGCGUCUGCAUGUAAGGCAAAUGUCCCAGCCACUGUACUAUCUCUCUGGUCCCUGGUUUUAUUUCUUUUUUAAACACUAGUCAAGGGUUGGAGAUAUCAUAUAGGAGAUAAGGCAUUUGAACUGGAUCCCAGUAUAAAUUUCUGGGUACCAUGUAUGGCUCCCUGAGCACCACCAGGUAGCUCCCAAUGCCCCAAAACAAAACUAUUGCCUGAUCAUUCAAAAUUUGGUCUAAAUGAUAAUAGAUAUGGCUUAAUGAUUUAUUGAGUGGGUGAGGCCCUGUGUGUUUCAUGUGAAGUGUGUGUAUGUGUGUGUGUGUGUGUGUGUGUGUGUGUGUGAGAGAGAGAGAGAGAGAGAGAGAAAGAGAGAGAGAGUUAGAAUAUGUAGAGGACAAGAUUUACCAUAGCAACCAUUUUCAAAUGUCCAGAUUAGAGGUAUAAAGUUCAUUCAUGUUGUGUAACCGCUAUUGAUUUCCAGAUUUUUUUUUUUAACAUAUCAAACUGCAACUCUGACCCCACUUAACAAUAAUCCCAGGUUCCUCCUGGAGGUAAUCACCAUUCUAUUUUCCUAUUUUUCCAAAAAAAUUUUUUACGACUCUUGGUACCUCACCCUAGGGCUCAUAUUCUAUUUGCCCUUUGUAUCUGGCUUAUUUCCCUAAGCAUCGUGUCUUUAAGGUUCUUCCCUGCUGUAGUCAAAGUCCCUCCUUUUUAUAAAGCUGAUCAAUCUUCCAUUGCAUGUCUGUGCACAUUUUGUUUAUCCAUUCACCCACUGAUGAAUGCUUGGGUAUUUUAUUUUAUUUUGGUUUUUACUUCAUACCUGGCAGUGCUCAGGGGUUACUCCUGCCUCUGCACUCAGGAAUCACUCCUGGUGGUAUGUGGGGGACCAUAUGGGAUGCCAGGGAUCAAACUCAAGUUGUCUGUGCAAUACAAGCACUCUGCCCUCUGUACUGUCUCUCUGGCCCCUGAGUCUUCAUUUUAGAAAGAAUGUGUGCCAUUUUAAGAUAUUCGACUCAAAUAAAAAAAUAA